AUGCGCCCCUCCAUCGCUGUCGCGGCUGCCGCGGCUCUCACACCUUGCGUAAAAGCUCAUGGUGGCCUUAGGCUGCCCCAAAUUCAUGGACUCGUCGAUUCUCUUGAUCGAAGGGUUGAUGCACUAGUCGCCAGCUUCAGGACUGAAACUCUUGGCAUCAACUCACACGUAGAAUCGGUCUUGGAGGCACGCGCAAGUGCCAAAGAAUGCGGCGAGGGGAUUGGAUCGUGCGCUGAAGACAGAGGCUGCUGCUCAACAGCUGGCUACUGCGGCUCCAAUUCUAGUUAUUGCUACUCUCCCGGCUGUCAGUACAAUUACGGUCCUGGCUGUCCGGAGCAUCAGAAGCCUGAAGGCCAGAGUACCGAGUCCAUUCCCCGAGCAAAGAUUGGCUCAGUCCCCUACGGAGGCAACGGUAUCUAUGGUGGAUACUGGGCUUGCAAGGAUCCGGGUCACGUCGCUAUUACUUAUGACGACGGACCAAUGAAGGACACCACUGCAACUAUCCUGGAUCUUUUUAAGAAGUAUGACGCAAAGGCUACUUUCUUUAUUACUGGCAACAAUAUUGCCAAAGGACAGAUUGACAAGACUCAAGAAUUCAUCGACGUGAUUAAGCGUAUGGAUGCAGAGGGACAUCAGAUUGCGUCCCACACAUGGACGCAUCUCGACUUAUCUAAGAUUGAUGCGGAUACCCGUAAGCACCAAAUCCUCAACGUGGAGGGCGCACUGAACAACAUUAUCGGGAAAAUUCCGUCUUACGUUCGACCGCCUUAUUCUAGCUGUACCUCGGACUCUGGUUGUGAGCAGUUUAUGCAGGACAUGGGUUACCACAUCAUCUACUUCAAGCUCGAUACCGAUGACUACCAGCAAAAGCCUCAAGGUACCUUCCAAAACUCGCUCGACUGGUUUAAGGGUAACAUGACUGCGCCGGGUAUGUCACCCGAGAAGAACUCUACUAUUUCUAUCUCGCACGACAUUAUCAACGAGACUGCCAACGAGCUCACUGAGCUCAUGCUCAAGACUAUUACCGAGCUUGGUUACAAGGGCGUUACUGUUGGCGAGUGUCUUGGUGACCCUAAGGACAACUGGUACCGUCAAUUCGGCGACUCUGCCGACCGCGUUGGAGCGAACCACAGUUCAACAUCGGUAAGCUCAAAUUUUACGUUUAUUCCUUCACAGGCACCAUUGUCUACCCCAUAUACCCUACAUCGUACUGAAUUCCACAUAGACCGCUUCAACGUCCGGCACCAGCGGAACAUCCAGCUCGUCCUCCACUUCCGGGUCGCCUUUGAGUUCGCCUUCGGGCUCCAGCACCGCUUCCCGUGUUGCUGCUCCCGAGCAGACAGGAAGUGCCGCUACUUCUAUUAUACAAAACGCUAG